AUGUUCUCCUCCAAGACUACCCUCAUCACCGCCCUCCUCUCGGUCCUGCAACUCGCGGCCGCAGCCCCCGCGUCGAGUGAGGGCGCCUCGUCUCUCACGGCGCGCUCCAACUCGGGUGAAUUCACCUUCUACAGCCCGGGCCUGGGGGCGUGCGGCAUCACCAGCUCCGACUCGGACCUCGUCGUGGCUCUCGCCAAGGGCAUGUUCGAUGCACAGACUCCCAACGGCAACCCCAACAACAACCCGCUGUGCGGCAAGAAGAUCAAUGCCAGCUUCCAGGGCAAGUCGGUCACCGUCACCAUCGUUGACAGUUGCCCCGGGUGCGCCGGCGCCGGCCUCGACCUCAGCCCCACGGCAUUCAGCCAGCUCGCUGACCAGGCGCUGGGUCACGUCUCGGGCACCUGGGACUUUGCCUGA